UAUUGAAAACAAAAUUAUUAUGCCUGUUUACUACCGCAUUUCAUAGCAACGCAUUUUAUUAUUUUCAUUUUAUUUGAUUUUAAUUGAUUAAACAAACCAAAACAGCUGCAUUUAAUUUCUCUGUAUCAUUAUUAUUAGUAAGUGUGACUUCAAUAGUGUACAAUGAAUAAACCACAAAUCAUUGAACAUAUUGCUCAUUCAUUAAAUUACACAAUUUUCGAUGUUAAAUGGAUUCCAUGUUCGGCUAAAUUUGUUGUUAUUGGCUCAAAGCCAAAUGGCACUGGAAUUCUUGAAGUUUACGAAUUAAAUGAGACCGAUGUGGAUCUAAUAAAAUCCAUUGAGAAGAAAAAUUCAUUCAAGUGUGGUUCGUUUGGUGCGUCAAGUCUUAGGAAUCGUCAUCUUGCAGUUGGGGACUUUAAUGGGAGGCUUCAAGUACUAGAUCUAGAAAGACCCGAAGUUCCAGUUUACAAUGUUGAAGCACACAAGAGCAUCAUAAACUCCAUAGACGCCGUCGGUGGCAAACAAGUCGACUGUGGGGCUCCAGAGAUUGUUACUGGCAGCCGUGAUGGUUCAGUCAAGGUGUGGGACAUUCGUCAAGGCAGUGCUCCAGUCAUUGACAUGACUCCUGAACCAUCUACAGACGAAAAAUCUCAAACCCGUGAUUGUUGGGCUGUGGCUUUUGGUGAUUCGUUCAACAACGAUGAGCGUUUAGUCGCCGCUGGCUACGACAACGGCGAUCUGAAGCUUUUUGACCUUAAAGCAUUGGCUGUGCGUUGGGAGACCACGGAGAAAAAUGGAAUUGUUGCCAUUGAAUUCGACCGGAAGGAUAUCCCCAUGAACAAAAUGGUUCUGACCACCCUCGAGGGCGGAUUGAUUUGCUACGACAUGCGCACCCAACACAAGGACAAGGGAUUCGCUUGUGUCACCGAAAAAAACGCCGGCCGAUCAGUUGGAUCGAAUGGUAUUAUAAGUGGCCCUAAGUCGACUGUUUGGAAUGUCAAGCAUUUACCACAGAAUCGAGAUGUAUUCUUAACUUGUGGAGGCACCGGAUCGAUUCGUCUCUGGGAAUACGAAUAUCCAGACAAACGGCGCAAGGAUGCGGGCGAUGGCUUUGAUAUGGGCGUAGCUGGGACUAUUCAAAUGCUUAAUGCCACAACUGUAUCAACUCAACCUGUGCACUGCUUCGAUUGGAGUCCAGACAAGAUAGGGCUAGCUGUUUGUGGUUCCUUCGAUCAGACUGUGCGAGUUCUGGUCACUACCAAAAUGAAUCUGCUUUAAUUUUCAAUGUUUUCCUACUUUUUCUUGUUUAGAUGAAAUAUAUUUAUUUUAUGUAUAAUUGUGAGAA